GCCAUAGCACUGAGCACAGGGGAAUUUUAAUUGGCCGCCUUGUGCAAGGUACGUUGGGUUAUUUCGGGGUUUUGCGACCGGUGUCGGUUGGUUGGUUGUGCUCUCAUUAAUCUUCAGGCUUAUGUGUAGCCGUGUGGUGCAGGAAGGGUGUGAGAUCAAUGAGAUCUGCCUUACGGUGAUGUCCUAUGGAUAAAACUCCUGAAGCAGCGUGCAGUUGGGGAAUGUUUUCUGUGGGUAGGAAGUGUACCCAUGCAGGUGACCACAGACAUGGAGUGUGUUUUCCUGGAGUGCCAAAUGUGCUUGCAUGCAGCCCUUUGUUUCAUCUAGACAUACUGCCCUGCAUAAAGAAGGCACAUCAUAUUUAAGUUAAUUCCUAAUACGACCCAGAGCUGUAGAACCCUCUGCUUGCUCUCACCUUUAAUUUUCCAUCUAGUGAUGCUUCAGAGCACGUUCACCCCUGUCUGAUGCUCUGUGCUGGGGCUUCCUCCUGACGCUGGGGAGGGAUUCUCCACCCAUGCCAGGCAAGCAGGGAACACAAGCCUGAUGAAAUAAGGCUGCAGACCAUGCCUUCAUGCUGGUCUUGCAGUGCUCACCCAGCAGAGUAAAGAAACCAAUACCCAACUAAUUAGUCAUGGAGAGAGAGGCUGUUAAGCUCUCUGGUUUCUGCAAGGGAGGGAAGCAGUUGAAAAGUUGGAGAUAGCUUAGGUGUUGAUAGAAAAGUCUGGGUCAAAGGCCCAAUGACAGAAGAGCAGCAACACUCUGAAGAGUUCUGUGGUACGGUUUUUGUUUUUUUGUUUUUAUAAAUAACAAACAACAAGAUGUUCAAAGGCAGAAGAGGAGGAGCUGCAGUGCACAGGAGGGUUUGUUUUUAAACUUUAACGCUGUUUAAUUUGGACCUGAACCAAACCUAUGCCUCUUUGUGGAAAUUUCCUAUGACCAGGAAGCUUCCUCGAGCAGCUGCUCCCCAAAUGAGGUACUUCCAUUAUUGCUACUGCAAUGACUUCAAUUCCCAACAAGUUGCAGUGUAAGAUUUCUGAGGAUUUGCAAAGAAAACAGGCAGAACUGCGUGUCAAGACCCUGCUUUCAGUUUGGCAGUGUGCUCUGGAGGUAAACAGUAGAAGCAUACUAGAGAGGGAUAUCCAUAAACAGAUUCUAGGAUCAGGUAGGGUUUGCAUCCUUUGGGAUUCCCAGUGCAACAGCUGGUUGCUGGGGGAUCACACUGGGAGUGGACCUCGGAAAGAGGCCAAGCUGUGUUUGUUGCUCUUAGUGCCAGGCUGGUAGGGAACUGUUUACAUUCCUCUUCAAAUGUAAGAGGCUCAUGCAAAGUAUUUGGGGCUCAACUAACAGGAAUUUUCUUGUGAAACAGUUUUGCCAGGGCUUCUGACCAGCUCUUCAGGUCAUCAAAAGACCUAGGUUUUGGCACUGAAAGCACUUCAGUGAGCUGUAGCGUCUUGGAAUGAUGAUCAGAGGUUAGGAAGCACUGGUGACUGCUGGCAGGUCUGUCCUGCCUUCACAUUGUAAUUUGCCCUCCAAGAGCACCCGAAGGCUCUUAUUAAACCCUGGGAGCUUCCUACAGCACUCAGGCUUUGCUAAUGCCUUGAGCAUUAGGGGAGAGUGCAGGGAUGACACUAAUCCAGGCAAGACUUUUUGACUCAUUCUUCUUCCUGUAUAUGGACUCUGCUCUAUUUCUGGCAGACGCUGGGAAUGCCACUCCAAAGGUUUUGUGUCCUCAGGCUUUUUAUGUAUUGCUUGGCAGGGCAGGUCAGUGAGGUGGUGAAAGAAAGCAUUUCAUUGUGGUACCUCAUUAACUUUUGGGCCUUAGAAACUUAGCGUAAGAAAAUGUCUGUGAGAUGGAAGGAGCAUCAUGUAGGGAGUCAGAAGGCAUCAGCUCAUGGGUAGGUUUGUAGGCUCACUCAUCAAUAUUUGGUGAAGCCAUGAGGUCAGUCAUCUGCUGUGGAAACUUUAUGAUGGUCCUCUGUCUUUAAGCACAGAUGAAAUGAAAACCCCUCUGCUCCUGCUCAAGUUCUGGAGAUCUUGAGCAAAAAGCAUGGAACAGGAUGAUGGUGCUACUGUACACUGAGCUCCAUCUCAUCAUUAAGCAAUUGUACCAUUGGUUUUUCUGUUGUCCCAGGUGAUGGACACUCUGUGCUUCUGGGUUUGUUUCCAGGCUGUGAUUCAGGCUCUGAUACUCUGGGGCUGACUCAAUACUGUUUUGAUGUAGAUGGUAAUGUGUACUCUAAAACCAAGAUGUGGAGUACCUCCAUUAUUUCUUUUGCUUUUUGAGGCCCACUUGCUUUGUAAAAGCAAAGCAAACAUAUUGAGAGUAUAGGGCCAAGAAAGUGGAGCUCCAGUUCCAAAGUUGCUAUUGAAGAUGUGACGCUAACAUAGUACCUAACUGUAGUCUUCUGGCUUUCCCAUAAUAGUCUCACUCCAAUGAAAAUGGAGUUGUCUCUUCUCGUGAUUUAAUUUGUUUAUGUGCCUCCGGACAACCUGCAGUUACUUCACAUUUGGUGUGGAGUUUGAUCAAAUAACACCAAGUCAUUUUGUGUUGCAUAUCAAUUGCAGGGUCAGAAUAGUUCUGUUUCCACUUGCAUGCGCUGCUUGUAAGUGAUAACGAUAAUGGGAGGCAUGAGACCAAGGGAAAUUAAAGCACUAAAUAAACAUCAUCUCACCUGCAAGCCUUAUCAUACUUAGGAUAUAUGUCUUGUUAUUUGCAAAGGUUGAAUGAUAUCCCUAAUUGUCGUGAGAGGGAUCUCCAGCGUUAGCUAUUAACAAGUAAAAUGUCACAUUGCAGGUGUUUAAUUCUGUAGCUAGUGAAAAGAGACCAGGUAUGCCCAAAGGUCCACUUACCUCAGUCUGAAUUAAGCUGAGCUUCUCUCGUGACUCAAAUCUUUGUUGGUUACAAAGGGAAUCUGAGGUGGGUAGUUCAGCCUUUACACAGCCAGUGAGGGCAGAUGGGUUUUGUCCUUUUCAAGUAAGCUGAAGAAGCAAGCUUUCUAAGGAAAGGACGUGAGCUCCUCCCAGUCUGGGUUUGGGGAAGAAAAAAACCAACAGACUUUGGUCAUUUGAUCUUUAUGCUUCUAUGCAUUUGCAUUCCCUAUUUUUGCAAAAAUAAGUAAAUAAAAAUGAAUUGAAAAAGAAACAUUCUCCCCUCCCCCCACUCGUAGCUUCCUUUUUUUGAAGAUGGACUGAGACGAAAGUCUGCACAGGGAAAACAAAAGUUGUUCUUGGGCAGAAAACAGUCAAUUACACAAUUCUAUGCAGAGAAUAGUUGAGUUGAAUUCAUGUCUGACCCUUAACUCCUGGCUAUCCACUAUUACCCAAAAUCUGAUCAGAUUUUGACUUGGUCCGUAUUUUUACUACUUUAUAUUAUUCUUUUCUCAUUGCCUGAGGUCCUGCCAUGGAGGUGAUCAACAAAUGAUUUUAAGACUAAUGCACAAAAUCAGCAGCAUUAAGCCAGGCUACCUCACCUCUGAUAAAGCAGAACGUGCUUGGAGAAGGACAGCGUGGAAAACUGGAAAGAGUUGUAGUAACAGUUCUUCCAUAUGCAGUUGCCUCUUCAGGGACUUCCUGACCUAGAGCUGAUGCCUUUGUUUUUAUUAGCUUUUAAUUGAUUUUUUUUUUCCUCCAUGGACUCCUCCAGCUACUUUUGAAUGCCAUGUAUAAUAUACCCAUAGCAACAACAAAUUCUCAUGGCAGUGAGUUCCACAGUUUAAUGAGGCAAGGUGAGCAAUGUAAGAUAUCCCACUGGUUGUACAGAGCUGGCCCCUUUGCUUGAUGGCAGAGCUGGCUGUGUUGUGCUCCAGAUGUCUGCUGCAUGGGAGCCUGGACCAAGAGCCCAAGGGUCUCAUGUUGAGGGUGAGAGUCUUGGGGGGGUGCAUUCAUUCUCCUGUGGUUUUUAAAUGAUGUUGUGAACUGUGCCUACCUGCUUUUAUUGCUGUGCUGCUCAACAGUUUCCUCAGCUUAAGAAAACACGGAACUGAGACCCCUGAGUUCUUUCACAGACCAACUUGUGCUGGCAUCUGCACAUUUCUUGUAUUCCAUGCUAAAGCAUAAUCCAAAUAACUACCACACCUCUGUUGCCCUCUCUACUUUUCUAGUCUUUUUACCUCACUAAUUCCCAAUUCUCUCUUGCACACUGUGUGUUUCUGGUGGCUAUGAGGUGGCUCCAGUAAGUUGGAUGUUAUUUCACCACAGGGCUUGACAAGAGAAAUUCUGAACAGGAGCAUUCAGUCCAGUGUUGGUGUUGGUUAAACAAAGCUCAGGGCUGUUUUUCUGCAUGACAGAAUGGUCUUUGUGCUGGCCUGAAUGCAGACUCAGCUGGAGCACGACACGUGAGGGAGAUGGCAGUUGGAAAUGCAAUUAGCUGCAUGGGAAGCAUGGUCCUUAGAGGAAAGCAGCCAAGGUUGGGAUUAAAAGAGGAGCAGUGUCUCAGCACAGGUCACCAGAGUUUGUCCCCACAGCCUAACGAGCUUGUGAGUUCAUGGACUCUGAGCUAUCACUGCUAAUGAAAGAGGAGAACCCAUUGUGCUUGUGAGCCCAUUCAUGUGGUGGUACUUUAGAUCAAGCUGGGGAAAAGAUCUAGGUUAAAAACUAACCUGGUAAGGAAGCUAGAGUCCAGGGUCCAUGCUCAAAACAAGUAUUUCCUUUCCUCCAACCCCUUAAAAUGAACCCUUAAUGCUAACCCAUUACCUCCCCCCCAGCUCUCUCCACGAAAUAAAGUAAAAAUUUGGUUAUGCUAAUCAUAAUGAUACAAUCAUUGAGUUGACAGAGGUGAGGAAACGCUUAGGUCCACAUUCAUUCCAGUUUAAGGUUCCUGUAUUUGUCUCAGAACAUCACUGUGAUGUGACAUGAAAUGUUGGCCUGUAUAAACUCAGCGUGACAAACUUUUGAUGGGUUUAUCUGCUAAUUUUUGAGAAAGGAGCUUGCUACUGGCAGAUUUAGUGCAGAGCUGUGUUAUUCUGCUCUGUAAUGUGCAUCCCUUAGAGUUGUAAAGUGAAAGAACAAGAGGGCUUUACACUUUCAGAUGCUCCAAGCUGCAUACUGCUGCCAAGUGGCGAGAUGUUUGUCUAUCCAGGAUUAAGCAUUCAUGCUCACUGUUGUAAGGAUGGGGAGGAGACUGGAAGGCCUUCAGCGCAAUAUCCUUUAGGAAGGCUGAUGCAGAGAAAGAGAACAGUUUAAGAAGGGGAGGGCCUACAGCACACGUGCUCAUGGCAUUUCCAUUCCAGGAAGUUCAGUAUUAAAAUGAUUUGAGCAUAAGUCUAUUAUUUCUGCCAUGCUGCUUCUGCUUGAUAAGUCUUUAUUUUUAUUGACUGAUAAUCUUCAAUACAAAAGGGGAUUCACAAGAGGAAGUUGGAAAGUGAAUAGCCCCUGUGUGACGUUUCAAACUGUUUCUUAAUUUAGAAGAAGUGAUUGAGUUUUCUGACUGGGUGUGUUUCCAGGAGAAAUUUUAUGCCCCAUCUGACAUGGCAUUUUCAUGGUGGAACUGUUGCCUUGGAGCUAUAGACUUCAAAAUAGAAAGAGAUUCUUCGGGAAGUUGAACGUGAAGCUCAGAAAUUCACCGAAGUAACUUUUAAUUUGCUUUUUGAAGUGUUCCACCCACUCUUCUUGCAAUUUCCUCCAGCUGGGUGUAACUACCCAUUGUGGCUUCUUGAGUGAUGUGUGUUUCUGUUUUAAUAUGCACUCAGUAGUUUUUGGACAGAUCCUGUUGAGGACAAAUGCCCCUCCCAGUGACCUGGGCUGCUCCAUUUGUUAGAUAGUCAGGAAACUGCUUAUGUUGAUAUUAACUGUUCCAUCACCCUUUGUUCUUCCCCCACUGCAGUGCUCAGCAGACAGUCCGAGAACACGAUGGGUUACAGAGAUCUAGCAAUUCCUAUAGAUGUUGUGGGUUUUUUUUUCCUUCUUUCUAUCAGCAACCCUUCCUUGGAUGUGUACAUCUUGCAAUUCUGCCCAAGGGGGAGGAUGUGACAGCCCCAGAUUUCUGCUGAAUGCUCCCACCACCCAGCAGCAUCAGAGUUGUUCAGUUUUUCAUCUAAGCAAAUGUACAGUACCUCUGGAUUGUUUCUUUUGUGGUUGUUUCUUUUUUGCCCUGUGUCUGAGUCAGCAUCAGUUUUGUUCAUCAGGUGAUGAAUUUCAAAUCCUCUCUGCCUCAUGGGGCUAGAAUAAAUGUACAGAUGCUGUUUUCAUAGAACUGAUGGGGAAAGCAUGGAAAUGCUGGCUGGAACUCAUGUUUACCUUAGUGGGUGAUGUGGCAAUUUAGGUCUUUCUGUGGUUGCAGAAAAGCUGUUUUGAAAGCUGAUUGGUGCUGCUCAUUCGUUCAGCAAAUGAUCCUAAACUACUACGUUUGGGUUGGAAUUAGUCCAUCUCAAGACGUGACAGGUGAUAGAUCCUUAAUUAACUGGGAUUGCAGAUGGGCAAGAGUCAGAGUGUGAGACCAGGUUAUGGUUGAAAGGGGCAAUGCUGCAGAUCAGUAAGUCCCUUCUGGACAUCUGGGAGGACCCCUCCAGUUCUUCUGUUGGAAAAAAAAAAUAACCAAAUUAGCCCUAGAUUGGAGCUCUGAUGUUGCAUGCGUGCCCCUCAGCCUCCUGCCCAACUGCUCGUGGCUCACUGCGUUCCCGUUGAGCGAAGCUGUGUGUAUCUACACCUUUUUUUCAAGUCUUCUGUUUUCCACUGUGUGUGAUUGGGUGGUUUCUCUGGCUAUUUUCUCAUGAGGAGGGUUUGGGAAAGACUUUCUGAGCCUGGCAUCUAUCACCCAUCUUUUUUGUUCUCCAAGAAUAAAACUCAUUCUAAAGAAUCCUGGAAUCAUUAAGGUUGGAAAAGACCUCUAAGAUCCCCAAGUCCAACCCCAACCCAUCCCACCAUGCCCACUGACCACGUCCCUCAGUGCCACAUCUCCACAGUCCUGCACACCUCCAGGGAUGGUGACCCCACCACCUCCCUGGGCAGCUGUGCCACUGCAUCACCACUGUUUUGGAAUUUUUUCCUUAGUUCCAACUUGAACCUCCCCUGGUGCAACUUAAGGCCAGAAGAAGGACCAGAUGGAGAAAAUGCCCCAGUCCUAGCAGACUUGUUCAGGGAUCCUAAUGCUACCCCACUGACUGCCUGCUGCUGUUCUGUUGAAGUGUUUGAAAUGAAAUGCUUUCACGUAAACUGCCUGAUUUUAUUCUCUGAUUAAUCAAGCUUGGAAAUGUGUACAAGCUUAAAUGCUCUCUAGUACCUAUGUGAAGCAAUUUUAUCUGUGUUCCUAUAAGACAGGGUUCUACUGAUGGUGUGGAAAAAUCUGUCUGCCUUGUCCUCAUGGUGUUCUUGGGUGAGGGCUGGCUGUUUUGCUUUGCUUCUGGCUGUGUUGCUCUCUAUGGGAGUGGCCAGGAGGAGUCUGGAUUCCAGCUUUUGACCUGUUUGCAUGCAUAGAGCUUUCCUCUGGGACAAGUCAGCAAUGUUGCUGCAAAAAAUAGCCUUGUGGUCAUGCAGAGCUUGAUGUAUGAAGACUUGCAAUCUAAUAAGAUUAUGGAAUCUUUUUAACAUUUCCCAUUUUUUUUCAGACAAAUGUAAUUUAAGAGGCAGUGGUUACUAAGGAGAAAAUAGCCAUCUGUCUGUGCAGUUAGUUGUGUCUGGACAUGAGCAACCACUUGAAAGCAGGCCAGUUAACUAUCCAAACUGCCAAGUGUCCCUUAUUCUGUGAUGCCAUUUCAACCCACGUCCCAGACUGACAUAGAAAUGGAGAUUGUGAACAGGGUUUGCAAAGUGUAGGGAACAUAAACUCUUAUUUAGCAAUGAGUCCAGCCUCCAAGAAGCUUUAAAAUGAUACAGUCCCACCUAAGCUAGUGACCGAGGGGAUCUUUUAUAGUCCAUGGUGAGGUGUUCAGGGUAAUUCUUCCUGUGAAGUGUAACUAGUUUCAAAGGUAGUGUGUUUUUUUCUCCAUUAGCAAUAUCAUCUGUCUCCAUCCAUACUAUUUCCAUCACCAGGGCUUUUCCCCCCAAUAGUCCUGCAUGUCAUGCUAUUAGUCGGCUCACACUCACUUCCUCUGAUACAUUUCUUUUGGGUCAUAAGGCUGGGAAGGAGGAAGCUACCGUAGUGUGCUCACGUAGUGGUUUUUUAUUUAUUUAUUUAUUUUAAUUUCAUAUUUUGUCUCUUAAGUUCUGCCCACUUCCGCUUUAGGGAAGCCGUCCUUUGCGUGACACAAGAGUUGUGACAUUUUAACCAUAGUGUCUUAUUGAGGAAGGAGCAACGCCAGAGCUCUGUUCCCUCAGAGGGCCGGGCGCUUUGCGAUGGCUGGCAAGGCUCUGCAGCUCCAUACGAUUGCUUACAAUGCCAAAAGGCGCCGAGUGUGGCACAAGGGUAGACAACUGGACAUGUGCGCAGCUGAAGCUACUACAUCUUUGCUCCAAGUGGAAGAAAACUUUUCAGCAUGCCUGGCACGGAUGGAUGCCCUCAUCUUCAAGCCUCUGCUGCAGUCAGAGCCUAGUGACCAGAAAGGAAAAGAGAACUUUAAGCUCUUUCUGCUCCUGAAUGAUCAAUUUCAAGCUCUCUGGAACCUCACAGAAGAGAAUUACCGGAUAGUGAAGCAAAAAUGCAGCACUUCUGAGUCAUUCUGCAUUCAGGAUAUUUACAUUGUCUGGAAAGGAGACCUGUUCCUCAGCUUGUACAUCCAGUAUUUUGUCACUUUUGCCAACUAUGUCGUAGUCCAUGGCUUCGAACAUGCCACGAAGAGCAAAAGUGAAGCCUGGAAGCACCAUAAGACAGUGCUGAAACAAUUCCUCACAGACUUCACCACUGAGACCUCCAUGUCAUUGGCCUUGUACACCGUCCUUCACAAACCUGUCCGUGACCACGUCGAGCAAUAUAUACUGCUCCUUAACAAACUGAAUGAGGUCCUCCAAGAGGGCUCUGAAAAGGACAUUGUUACCAGCGCUGUCAAGGAAUAUGUGAAGCUGAAGUCUUUCAUUAGCCAAGUUUUGGACGAAGCUUGUUUUACCAAGACCUUAUGGAAAUCCUUGGGCUACAAAUUCACGGACAUGCUGUGUGUUCCUGAAAGGAGGCUGCUGGAAGAUAGCAAAAAUCUCCCCAUCUCCGCCAGUACAAAUCGAUCAGACCGAAUCUUGCUCUUUGAUGAUGUCCUUGUGCUAAUUCAGGGAAACAGCUUUCAGAGCUUUGAUCUGAAGCUUGUGUGGGUAGAUGAAACCUGCAGGGAGAAAUCAGCUCCGGGACCGUAUGGACUUCGCAUUAUAACCCCGGAAGAAACGUUUGUUCUCUCUGCCAAAGACCCACAGAUGAAGGCUGUUUGGCAGUGGAAACUGAACCAAGCCAUCCGACAGGCUUUGAAUGGGAAGCGAGAUUUCCCCCUGUGGGGUAAAACUGGAGAAGGCACCGAGCCCUCAUCCUGCCGCUUCUUCACUUACGUCUUCAGGCUGGAGAGCAAGUUCAAAAACGCAUCCUAUGAGGGUGAAUGGCACUGGGGAAAGCCUCAUGGCAAGGGGACACUGAAGUGGCGUGAUGGUCGCAACCAUGUUGGAGAUUUCAAAGAGGGCUUGGAGCAUGGGUUUGGAAUAUGCCUUGUCCCUCGCCGAUCUGAAGACCGGUAUGACUGCUAUAAGUGCCACUGGUAUGAGGGCAAGAUGAGAGGCUAUGGAAUCUGUGAGUAUGGGAAUGAUAUGGUCUACAAAGGCUACUUCAAAGACGAUGUGCGUCAAGGGUUUGGUAUACUGGAGAACUUCUCAGCUGAACAUCCAUUUAAAUACACAGGACAGUGGGAAAAUGACAAGAAGAAUGGAUAUGGAGUCUGGGAAGACAAGGACAGAGGGGAGAGAUACAUAGGGACAUGGCUUGAUGAUCACAGACAUGGACAAGGCAUUGUGGUCACCCAGUCAGGUGUCUGCUAUCAAAGGACAUUUCAUGCUGAUAAAAUGGUGGGUUCUGGGAUUCUGCUCUUGGAAGAUGACUCAGUCUAUGAAGGAAACUUCACGCAAGAUCUAACAUUUGUGGGAAAGGGAAAGCUGUCAUUUGCCAAUGGCUUUAUUCUGGAGGGAACCUUUACUAAUAAAUCAGGCCAAGGCCUUCAGACACAAGGUAUCCUGAAUACAUCGAACGAGCAGCUGGAUGAGAGAAUAACCAAAGCUCAGCUGGGCCUCAAGGAGUUCCCGGUAGAGAAGAGGUGGAAGGGAAUCUAUGACCAGUUCCUGGAGUUCAUCCAUUCGGGUUGCAAGGAAGAAAUGGAGGAGUCUUUUACGGGAUUUCACAUACAAACAAGCAAAGAGCUCCGGAAAUCUCAGGAGUACCUCUUCUGCCAAAGGGGGACUGAGGAUGUUUCCUGGAAGACAGAAGAUAUUCUUGAAGAGCUUGUCCAGCACCAUGAACUGGGGUCACUACAGAGCUAUUUAGAGAAGGCAUUGAAAUCUUCUCUGCACCCACUGGGAAAGCUGCUGAAGGCCUUGACAAUAGCUUUUCAGGCAACUUACUCCGGGAUUGGGGCCAACAGACACUUGCUGACUAUGGCACAAGAGGAAGUCAAGUACUAUGCAAAGAAAAUAUGGGAGUUUUACCAGGGUUUGCUCCAUCUGGCAUUGGAACAGAAAGGUCAACUGCCUGCAAAAUGUGUAGAUGGAGAGGUAAGCGACCAGAAGGCAUACAGUGUGGUCCUUCCGUUGAUCUUGCCCUGCUUCUACCCUGAGCUUUUCAUGCUCUACAUGCUCUAUCAUGAAAGGGAAGAUGACCUCUACUGUCAAGGGAUUGUGGACCUAAGUCUAUUUCCUGACAUCAAGCUGCUGGAGUUUCUGGAUGUACAGAAACACCUUUGGCCUCUGAAAGACCUCACCUUGACAACCAACCAGAGGCGGUCCCUGAUCAAAGACAAGUGUUUCCUGUCUGCCACAGAGUGUUUGCAGAAGUUGAUCACCACAGUGGAUCCCCGGGAAAAGCUGCUGAUCCUCCAGAAGACAUAUGAGGAGAUAGAGAGCACUGUGUCCCGAGUGGUGGAGAAAGACUACAAGCUCCCUAUGGAUGACCUCUUGCCCCUCCUGAUGUAUGUUGUAUCACGAGCUAAAAUACAGCACCUGGGAGCUGAAAUCCAUCUGAUCAGAGACUUGAUGGACCCCACCAAUCAAGGAGGAUUGUAUGACUUUCUAUUAACAGCACUGGAGUCAUGCUAUGAACACAUACAGAGGAUGAGGCUCCACCAAAGAGAGAACUGUCACGUGACUCGCACCUCCUGAUCCCAGGACCAGCAGGGAGGCUCCUCCCUGCCAUGCUUUGACCGAACACUGUUGGAUGAAGAAGCAAUCAAAUCACUGCUGCUCCAGCUGCCUUUGAAAAGGAAAGGACAGUUAUCUUCCAGAUGAGGGGUUCUUGCUAGGUUUUGUACUAGACUAGCUACAGUUAUCAAGCACAGACAUGCAAGUGCUGUAGGCUGAAAGCCAUCUAUGCAACCUCAGCUUGUAUUGGAAAGUGGAGGAGGUUUCUUUUGCCCUUGUUGAUUUCACUUUCCUGAAAACAGCAAUACACCUCUUUCCCUUGAAACUCCAUUUAACUGUUUUCUCAGUUGCUGUGCUUGUUUUGCAGUGGUAAACAGAUGUAAAGGGAGAUUAUUUAGUAGAAAGUGGUCAAAUGAAGCCUGAAGAGUCAUCACGAUGGGACUCCUGCAUGGUAGAAAUUGUGGGAUGCACAAGAGAGACUAUCUCUGUACUCCUAAGCAACCUGUUCCUGGAAUGAGGUGGCUCUUCUUGCAUCCCUAAGAGGAAGAUCUUUCCUCCUCUUCCCUUUGCCAAAUUCUGUACCUCUCCAUUGCACCAUAAUGCUGCUAUUGACUAACUUCUCUGUUUGAAGAUACUUCUAAAUGUAAAUUUAUACUUUGCAGACUCCUAUUAAAUCUCAGGGAUAUCACACUUGCACCUUGAAAAUGCUGGUGCUGCUUUCCAAUUCUUCAGGGGCUUGUGUGUGCCUAAAAGGUAAGAGAUAUCAAAUAUUGGUGAGAAAACACAUAAAAACAUUUGGCCUCCUGCACUGACAGAGCUGCAAAAACAUUGGUUUUCCUAGGUGCACAGCCUUGUGCUGGCAGAACACCCACUGACACCAGUGGGGCACAAUAAGAUUAGAAUUGGGCUAGCUUUUAUUCCAUCUUUGAAAAAGGUAAAGGGAUUUCUGAUACGCUGUUACUCUCAGAUGAAAGUACUAAUGUGUGAAUUGUACAUUCGAGCUGAAGCUCUUUUGAACUAGAUUUUAACCUGCUUUUUUUUUUUUUACCGUUUGACUUUUAAAUUUUCCAGGUCUGUGACUUCAGGAAAACAAAUCAAAACUCUACAGACUGUUUCUUCCUGUUCGUCAUAAGUAUUAUGCUUUAAUAAACAGUACAUUGGUUACAACAGUUAAUAUAUUAGUGUAAGAGUAUCCUAAUGUAUGUUUUACAGUAACUGUAUUUAAAUAAAACUGUUUCAUUUUUGAGAGA